AUGCCGGCUCGAGUACGCAUGCCUGCCAACAACUAUAUGUCGACCAGCGCUACGCUGCAGACACACGGCAUUUGGAAACAUACAAUCAAAUAUGAUCCACACGCUUCGGAGGAAGAGCGACGGAAGGAGCUGAGUCGGGAAGAGGAUCUCAAGCACGGCGACGACUAUAAUGCUCAGGCUAGAUCGAUCAAUGCCUCUGCAGAUCAUUAUUUCAAUUGGCAGCUUCCCAGAUGGAGGGUCGUGGAGGUCAUCAGCCAGGCUACACCCCAGGAGCAUGCAAACACUGUGGACAAGUGUAUGAAUUUGAUCGACAUUGACGAUUUGGACAACCCAAAUCCGAAGAAGAGUCAAUCGUCCAUGCCCGUGAUGGCCUCGCCACCGGUGAACGUCGUGAAGGACUCCUCAGACAGUGAUGAGGACUCUGAUGACAGUGAAGAUGAUAAGAAGAAAAAGAAGAGAAGACAUCAUCAUCACCACCACCGUCAUCAUCAUAAAAGGCGCGAUGAAAGACCAAAUAUUGACGCCAUCGGUGGAACUACGCAGACCGUCUGGGGGCAACAGACAUUGUUCAUGCAGGUUACUCGUUGA